GGCCAGCGCGGGCCUCCUUCGCUCCCCCCGCCCUCCUCCCUUGCCCGUCUAGCCCUCCAGCGGCGAAACUCAAUGGUUUUCGGCACCGCUCUAGCCGCCCGGAUUUUUUCAAUCGUUGGUUUCCGGCUCCCGGUGGUUCGUCGCCCGCGGUUCCCAGGGACGCGCUUUGCACGUGGAGCGGCGUGUGGCGCCCACCUGGCCCGCAUGUUUGAGGAACCAGAAUGGGCCGAGGAGGUCCCCGAAGCCGCGCGUCUCGGGCCUGUGGUCACGCGGCCUCAGCCCGCGACGGCCUCUCCCGUCAAGGGCUCCAGGCGCCGACAGCUCUUGGCCACAUUACGGGCCCUGAAGGCUGCAUCUCUCCCCCAGCAGACCCCCAGUGUGUCUUGUAGUGACUCUGAGGAAGAAGAGAAGGUGGGAAAGAAUAAGAAACGCAAAAAAAAUGCCCUGUGUGCCAGUGCCUCGACUGCAAUUGUGAAGAGGAAAAAGAAACAUCAAAAACAGGGCCCACCUGACAGGGACACUGAGGAAGAGGAAGUGGAAAGAAAGAAGUGUCGCAAAAGUGCUCUUGGCAGUGAUUCUGCUGAAAAGAAGAAAAAGAGGAAAUAUCAGGGAGAACCCCUGUCAAACCCAAUCCAGCAGCUAGAUAAUGUUAACCAAACAGGACCCAAAGCUUGUGAAAGUAGUGCUACAAGUGACGCGUCCACAUUCAAACCAAACCCUGAGAUCUCUUCCCCUAAUCCACCCCACACUUUGAGUCGCAAGCAGUGGCGGAACCGGCAGAAGAACAAGCGUAGACAGAAAAACAAGUUUCGACCCCCUCAGCCGACUGACCAGACUUCGGCCACAGCUCCCACAGUGCAGACAGAGGUGCCUCCUGUCCCCAAUCCAGACAGCCAGGAUGCUCGGGCGGGAGCUCUGCGAGCCCGUAUGACACAGAGGCUAGAUGGUGCCCGAUUUCGAUACCUCAAUGAACAGUUAUACUCAAAGCCCAGUAGUGCUGCCCAAAGCCUUUUUCAAGAAGACCCUGAGGCCUUUCUUCUCUACCACCGAGGCUACCAGAAUCAAGUCAAGAAGUGGCCACUGCAUCCUGUGGACCGCAUUGCCAAAGAUCUCCGCCAAAGGCCUGCUUCCCUUGUGGUGGCUGAUUUUGGCUGUGGAGACUGCCGCCUGGCUUCUAGUGUCCGGAAUCCUGUUCAUUGCUUUGACUUGGCCUCUCUGGAUCCCAGAGUUACUGUGUGUGACAUGGCUGAGGUUCCUCUGGAGGAUGAGUCUGUAGAUGUGGCUGUGUUCUGUCUUUCAUUGAUGGGAACCAACAUCAGGGACUUCCUAGAAGAGGCAAAUCGAGUGCUGAAGCCAGGGGGUCUCCUGAAAGUGGCUGAAGUCAGCAGCCGCUUUGAAGAUGUUCGGGCCUUUCUGGGGGCUGUGACCAAACUGGGUUUUAAGAUCAUCUUCAAGGAUUUGACCAACAGUUACUUCUUCUUGUUUGAUUUUCAAAAGACUGGACCUCCUCGGGUAGGGCCCAAAGCACAACUCUCAGGCCUGAAGCUUCAGCCAUGUCUCUAUAAGCGUAGGUGACCUCUGGAACCCCCAUGGAAGGGGAGGCACAUAUUGAACUCUAGUCUCAGAGCACUGAAGACUAUACAGACAGGCUGAAACAGGACCUACUACAACCCUUCCUCCUGGAAGCAUCGUGAUAAAAACUCUUGACUCAACUCUGCUCAGGUGAUGGAUUAUUGGUUGCUCUGAAGACCUCUUGGUUCAAGCUAGAUAAAGUAUAUGGAGUUUAUUCCAUGAAUGCAGGCAGGGUAUCUUAGAAUCCCAGAUUCCAGCCCUCUUCUGAUCUACCUAUAGAUCAGUUUUCAGUAGAUUCAGCUUUUUAACUUCUUUUUAGGCCUUCAAGGCCUCAAACAGGUAGCUGUUGCUUCUUGUCUGUGGAGUAGCUAGUAGCCCACUAAUAUCUUGACUCACAUCUGCACUAUCCCUGUUUUGAAGUCUUGUUUUCCCCUAUCUUCAUUUUCUUUAGAGCCUUAUGGUCCACAACACUCCUGUCUACACCUUUUGGCCUAUAGGGCUCUGGUAUAGCUAAGAUCACGGGUCAUAAAAUCAAGUAGGUAGGCCUGGAUUCAAAUCCUGACUUGCCACUUACUGCUGCAUCAUUUAGUCUCUGAAUAUCCCAUUCCUCAUUUGGAAAAAUGGUGAAAUUCCUGUCUUGGAAUUGUUAUGUAUGUUAACUGGGUAUAUCUAUUCCAGAGCUUGGAAUAUAGGAGGUACUCAAUAAACUUACCAUGACUAGUA